UUGUGUAAAGUACCUCUGGGUUUCUAGUCACAGCUCUCUCCUCCUGACCAGCUGUGUGACCACAGGCAAAUUACUUAAAGGAACCUCGGGAUCCCUGGGUGGAAAAUUGAGAUAAUAAUAGAGGUGUCUCCUUAGAUGAGUUGUGAUGAUUAAUUUCCAGUUCUGUCUUUUCCAAUAAGUAGAACGGACAUGAACACUCCCAAGAAACUCUUCUCAAAGUCAUAGUUUUUCCAAAGAUGCAAACAGGGAGGGUAUAUGUCAGCAGACACUUUAAGAAGUUUAUAUCUGGUUAAUGAUGACACAUCCGACCCAAACAGCAUUCUUAUCCAGUGUCGAUCUUCACACUCACUGUUCCUAUCAGCUCAUGUUGCCAGAGGGAAUUGCCAUUGUGUGUUCACCAAAGCAUAACGACACUGGCAUCUUCCGGCUCACCAGUGCUGGCAUGCUCGAGGUCUCCACCUGUAAGAAGAAGGGCUUUCAUCCGCACACCAAGGAACCAAGGCUGUUCAGCGUAUGCAAACAUGUGUUGGUAAAAGACAUAAAAAUAAUCGUGCUGGAUCUGAGGUGAUAUGUUCUGAAGAUUAGCACAGUCACCACCGGAUACCUGCCCAUGAACAUGUGGUCCCUGGAUUUUCUUAAGAUGUUUCCAGAAGUGACUGAUAUUUUAUAUUUAUACAUUUUAGACCAGAAAGUUUGAUAUUUAUUGCUCUUGUGCAUUUUGAAGUUUUCUUUUUGGGUUGCUCUGUCUCAAGAGUGGUCACAAUGAUGUUAAAUCAAUACCCAUUAAUGGACCCAACUACUAUGACCAGAUAAUAAAUUAUGCUGCAAACUAUAAUAUGACCAGUA